UGAAAAUACAUGUCCUACUAUGUACAUAUAUAUAAUUUCUGAAUAUUUCUUAUCACAAAUUUUGACAUCUUAUAACAUAUAAUUUAUUGUAUUACUAAUUUAGUAUGAAGUACAAAAUUUUUGUAGCAACAGACAAUUAUUUUUAAUUUUUCACAAUAAGAAAUUAAAUUUUUCAUUUGUCUACCUAAAAAAUUAAAAAUUGUCGUAAUAACGUUAUAGCGAAGAGCGAACCUUAAAAUAUUUAAAAUUCUUUUGUUCCUGACAUAACAUUCUAUUUAUGCAACAUAAUGAAAAUGAAAGAUGAGUCUCCUCAACAAACACAUGAAACAUAUUUAUCACGUGAAUUCGUUAAUUGGUACAACGAUCCUCAAAGGAUGUUUAUCUUUACUAAUCCAGAACAAUCGGCAAAUCUAGAUACUUCCAAGACGUGCGCACCGAAAAAUGAUGGAACUCUGUCUGAAGCGCAGAAAAAUUUAAGCAUCGGUUCGGGACUAGAGUCGGAUGUUGAAGACAAUUUGAGUGAUUCUGGAACAAACUAUGAAAAAAAGUAUGAUCCAUCCAUUGAUGACAACUUGCCAGAUACAGUUACGAUACUCACAACGCCAGAUGGUGGGAAGUUGUAUUUGAUCGGAACUGCGCACUUUAGUGUAGAAAGUCAAAAUGACGUUUCCAAGAUUAUCAACGCUGUGCAGCCACACAUAGUGAUGGUCGAACUUUGCAAACAGAGAAUGCAAGCUCUGCACCUGGACGAGGACACUCUGCUUAAAAAGGCACAAGACAUUGGGAUCGAAGACAUUCGUGCUGCAAUAAAGAAGCAUGGGGUCACUAGUGGAUUGAUGUUCAUAAUUCUUCUAACUAUGUCACAACACGUGACCAAAGAAUUAGGAAUGGCGCCAGGAAGCGAAUUCCGCACAGCUUUUAACGAGGCAAAGAAGAUUCCAAAUUGCAUUUUCCACUUGGGCGAUCGACCGCUGAGCAUUACGAUGCACCGAGCCUUCAGUUCUCUCUCAUUUUGGCAAAAAAUUAAAUGUGGAUGGAAGAUAUUGACCUCGAGAGAUUCUAUUACCAAGGAGGACGUUGAAAAGUGCAAGAAUCGAGAGAACUUGGAUGCGGUAAUUGCAGAGCUGACGGACCAAUUUCCGCCUUUGGCCGAAGUUUUCGUGAAAGAGCGAGAUCUCUUCCUAACAUAUUCUCUCCAAUUGUCUUGUCAACCACAUUUAGCAAAUAAGCACACCAUUGUUCCCACAAGAGCUGUUGGAGUCGUGGGAAUGGGACACAUAUCGGGCAUAAUUCAGAACUGGGGAAAAGUCAAUGUCAACCACAUUCAACCUAUAAUGAUAGUUCCACCUCGUUCGCUGUCCAGCAAAAUCAUCCGCUUCACUGCGAAAGCGACGCUGCUGGGCGUCGUGAUUUACGUUGGUUACAAGAUCAUUCCUCUGCCGUCAGUGCAGACUCUAGAAUCACUCAAGUCAUCGGUGAAGGGACUUGUUAAGGUCAGUUUAAUCAAGUAG